CCUUGAGCUAUAUAUAUCAACCCCACCUUCAUCAUUCACCAUCACAUACCAAACGUUAACCGAUCAUAGUAUCAGAAAAGAAGUGAAAAUGAGUCAAGUUUCUGCAGAGAUGAAGGCCAAAUCUGAGGUGUACCAUGGAGAUGAACUGUGCCAAGAAAAGACCAAGUUGCUGCUGAAGGAGGUAGGGCUACCCAAUGGGCUUUUGCCCUUGAAGGACAUUGAAGAGUGUGGGUACGAGAAGGAAAGUGGGUUUGUGUGGCUGAAGCAGAAGAAGACCAUAAACCACAAGUUUGAGAAGAUUGGGAAGCUAGUGUCCUAUGCAACUGAGAUCACAGCCUUUGUUGAGGUUGGUAAGAUAAAGAAGCUCACUGGUGUGAAGGCGAAGGAACUCUUGAUUUGGGUGACACUGAAUGAGAUCUUUGUUGAUGAUCCACCCAGUGGGAAGAUCACCUUCAAGACCCCUACAGCGUUGUUCAGGACAUUCCCUGUCUCAGCUUUUGUGAUUGAGGAGCCAGUUAAGGAGCUCAAGAAUAAAGAAGAAAAAGAAGAAGAGAAGCAAGUGAAACAAGUUGGUAAUGCUGUUGAAGUUCAAGAAGUUUGAUUCUUCUUCCUCUCACUGUUAUAUUAUAAUAAGUUCAUUAUAUUCUAUAGGUUUCAUGUCUCAGUUGUAUUACAGCUACAGCUAUAUCUAGCUAACUAUGUAUCAGCUAUAUUGGCAUCUAAGCUAUCUACACUUUGAAAGAGAAAACGAUGCUUAAGUUAUAAAUUUGUAUUAGUAUU